AAGCAGCGCUGGGCGGCCGGGGAGUCUCCGCCCCGCCAACAGUCCGCGAGUUUAGAGAGUUAAGAGUCCGCCUUAUAUAUAUAUUUUGUCAUUUCCUCCUUUUCAGUAGGUUCCUCCUUGUUUUAGACGUCGUUAGUUCUUUCUACGCAGACUCCGUCCUGUUGCUAGGGGGUGGGUUCUUCUUUUUUAGGUGGUCUUGGGAUGAAGGCGGUAGGUCUUCCUCUCAUCACCGUUGGUUGAACUUUGUACUAGCGCCUGCGCAUCGCAGGGGCUGACCCGGCCCGGCUCCUCCCGGCGUUCGCUCGGUGUUAUCGGGGCACUGCAGCAGCGGGACAGCGCCGGGUGUCACACGGCGGCCCUGGGUGUCUCCAGGGCGGAGGGUGUCACACCAGCGAGGGUGUCCCGGAGAAGGGGUGUCACCGUGGGGCGUCCCGCGUUGUGAGGGUGUCACCGCGGGGUGUCCCGGGUGUCACCGCGGGUGUCCCGGGGCGGAGCGGGGCCGGCCCGGGGGCGGAGCCGCCACCGCCCCCGCCGCUCCCGCCGGGCUGACGUGGCCCGGGCGCGGGGCGGACAUGGCGGACGGCAGCAGGCAGAGCCGGUUGGCUGCGGCCAAGAAGAAGCUGAAGGAAUAUCAGCAGAAGAACAGCCCUGGAGCAACUGCAGGAACUAAGAAAAAACGUAAAACUAAAGAAGGCAGCAGACCCGCCACUCCCACCACCGAUGACCAGCAGCCUCCAGAGAACAUUCAGAACAUUCUGAAGGUGCUGGUGUCAGACCUUAACCGCUCCAAUGGGGUAGCCAUACCCUCAUUGGACAAGAGGAAGGCAUACUUUGACAGUGAUGUUGCCACUCGUAGUGCUGAGCCGCUUGCUCCCGAUGUCCCUGUGCUCUCUAACAGCAACAGCCUCCCUAGUUGUGGUUCUGUUCUGCCUGCUCCUGAGAGCAUGCAGCUGACACAGAUUCACGAAGCUGGGGAUCAUAAAAAUGCUCUGGAUGAGAACAGGUCUUUCUCAUCAACAGAAAGUCUCCGCCAGUUGUCUGAACAACUCAAUGGCCUGGUUUCCCAGUCUACGUCGUAUGUGAAUGGAGAAAGUGCUGUUUCUUCCACAAAUAUUAAGGAAAUGGAAACACGUUACCAGGAGCUGGCAGUAGCCCUGGAUUCCAGCAAUCUAACUAACAAACAGCUCGUUACAGAGAUAGAGGAAUUGAAACAGCAGAACCAAGAAGCAAUGAAUCAGCUGGAGAAGGAAAAGAAGGAGUUUGAACAGAAAUUUUCUAAAGAGCAAGCAGCCCUGAGGGAACAGCUACAGGUUCACAUCCAGACUAUUGGAAUUCUCGUGUCUGAGAAGUCUGAGCUGCAGACAGCCCUUGGACACACUCAGCAGGCUGCACGGCAGAAGUCAGGGGAAGCUGAAAGCCUCGCUGCCCGUUUACAUUCAUCUCGCCAGCGGGUGUCGGAGCUGGAACGCACCUUGUCCUCCAUCUCCAUGCAGCAAAAACAGUCAGAGAAGCAUAAUAAAGAGCUAGUGAAGGAGCGAGACAACCUGAAAAUGGAACUGUACAAACGAAGCAAAAGUAGUGAGGAAAUAAAGCAGCAGAAUUCGGAGCUGUCAGAGAAAGUUCAUUCCCUGGUGUCCAAGAACUCAGCUAUGAAGUUGGAUGUGGAAGACUUGCAGAAGAAACUGGAAAUGGCUGAACUGAUGAUUCAACAGUUCUCAAGCCAGACAGGGAGUCUGGAUGCAAACCAGCAGCUGCAGAUGGCUCUGGAGGAGAAGGCGAGCCUGGAAGCCCAGGUUGCUCAGCUCUCAGAGUCACUUCAGCAGCUCCAGGCAGAAAGGGAUCAGUAUGUAGAGAAGCUGAAGGAGGAGGGGAGCAUUUGGCAGCAGCGGGUGCAGCAGCUCUCUGAGCAGGUCCACACGAUGGCAGAGGAGAAGGAGAAACAUAUGGCCCAAAUUCGGGAGCUGGAAGCCAACAUUACAGAGUUGAUGAGCACAUCAGCAGUGAAGCCCAUGGAUGUGGAGCCUUCCUCCCCACCGGGGCCCACGGCAGCAGAGCUCAACCUGCAGGAGGAGAUCCAGAGGCUGCAGCAGGAGAAGGAGGAGCUGCAGGGGCAGUACCAGGCCCAGGUCCGGGACAAUGAGCAGCUGAGCCAUCUGAACCAGGAGCAGGAGGAGCGGCUGCUGGAGCUGGAGAAGGCUGUGCAGCGCUACAACGAGGAGUCUGUGGACAGGCAGCAGAUCCUGGAGGACAUGCAGAGUGACAAGGCCACCAUCAGCAGGGCACUGAGCCAGAACCGGGAUCUGAAGGAGCAGCUGGCUGAGCUGCAGAAUGGGUUUGUCAAACUGACAAAUGAAAACAUGGAGGUUACAAGUGCCCUACAGUCAGAGCAACAUGUAAAGAAGGAGCUGGCCAAGAAGCUUGGGCAGCUGCAGGAGAACCUGGGGGAGCUCAAAGAGACGCUGGAGCUGAAGACACAGGAGGCCCGGGGCCUGCAGGAGCAGCGGGACCAGUGCUACAGCCACCUGCAGCAGUACACCCUGGCCUUCCAGCAGCUUGCAGCUGAGAAGGAGGAGCUGCACAAGCAGUACCUGCUCCAGACACAGCUCAUGGACCGGCUACAGCACGAGGAGGUUCAGGGCAAGGUCACGGUGGAAAUGCACCUGAAAGAGCUGCAGCAGACCAAGGAAAGUCUGGAAGCUGUAGCCAAGGAAAACAAAGAGCUGCAGGCCCAGAUCAGUCAAUUGGCAGCAGAAAUGGAUGGCAGGAUUUUGCACCAACUGGAGGAAGACGAUGAAGCAAUGAAUGAAGAAAUCCAAAAACCUUCAUUUGUGAUCCCAGAGAAAUUUGAAAGCCAUGAAGAAAUGGUCACCUUCGUGACCUCUGCCAUGUCCCAAGUGGACCAGGAGAGACAAGGCCUGAGGCAGCAGCUGGCUGCUCAGAAGCAGCAGUGCAGGACCCUCCUGCAGCAGAUCACAGCUCUCAGGCAGGAGCAGCAACAUCACAUCGCGAUGGAUGGAGGUUCCAUUAUGGAUACUGUUCCAGUGGAGGUUCACGAGGCUUUGAAAACUGCCAUGGACAAGCUACAGUUGCGUUUCACAGAGCUGAUGCACGAGAAGGCUGAUCUGAAGGAACGUCUGGAGGAGCUGGAACACCGCUGCAUCCAACUGUCUGGGGAAACAGACACCAUUGGGGAGUACAUUGCACUGUACCAGAGUCAAAGGGCUAUCCUCAAACAGAGGCACCAGGAGAAAGAGGAGUAUAUCAGCAGGUUGGCUCAGGAUAAGGAAGAGAUGAAGAUGAAACUACUGGAACUGCAGGAUUUAGUGAUGCGCCUGGUCAGGGAAAGAAACGAGUGGUACAGCAAGUACGUAGCAGCUGCUCAGAACCCGGAGCUGUUGGGCAGCCAGGCGGGAGCUGUGCUGCCAGCGGAGAGGCGCAUCGAGCUCAACGCCACCGACGGAGAAGGGUUACGAGAGGUCAGUCUGUCAGAGGAGGCGGAACAAGAGGCUGCUGUUCUUCAUCAAUCCGGUUUCCCCCCUAUCGACAGUAAAGCUGCUCAGCCAAACCAAGAGGACCCCACGGCAAAGCAGAUAAUGCAGCUUCUCAGAGAAAUCCAGAACCCUCAGGAGAGGCUGGGCUCCCUGCCCGAAAACCCAUGCAUUCCCUUCUUCUACCGUGCUGAUGAGAACGACGAGGUCAAAAUCAUGGUAGUUUAAGUGGUGCUAAAUCUGACUGACAGCAAUUUUCCAUGGGCCUGAAAGGACUUAACACUGACUUGUAUGUGCCCAUACCUCUGCUCAGUGCCCUUGGUCAGAACAGAUUCCUAAAGACAUCAGUAAAGAGAGAUUGCAUCAGAUGGAACUCAAGCAUCAGACCUCAUCUUCUCUUUCUCUUUUCUGUUACUUGGUGUGCUUGGAGUACAGGCAGACUCUUAACUCAUCCUGGGAGGCAGCUGGUGCUGGCACAUCACCUGGGCCAGGUCCAGGCUGAGGGGAAAGGAGUCCGUGAUUUUGGGCAAAAUGACUUAAUCCCUUGUCCCAGGCUCUGCUGCCACAACCCUGACUGAGCCGCGGUUCAGAUCCGUCACUAAUGACUGUCAGCAGCCUCGUUCCUUCCAGGGUUCCCAGAGUAACUAACUUGUUCUGGUUAUGGACUCUUUGGACUCUUUAACAGGUUGGGUUUGUUUCAUACUACGUAUCUUAAACUCCCCCCUUCCUGCUGCAGCCUCUCUCUUGCACCUGUAUUUGGGAACAGGCUCGUCAGUCUCUGAGCCCCCUGCGAGCGGCUCCGGGGCAGCACCUCCAGCCCUGUGUGUUCUCAUUGCCAGGGGAAGGGACUGAGGGGGGCCUUGGGGGGCUUUUGGUUACUUGACAAAGCUUUAUGUGAUUCUUGGGAGUGGGGUGGAAAUGUAACUGCACUUUGAAGGAUGAUGUGUUUCACUUGUAUGUGUCUGAAGGUUUUAUUUAUUUUAAGAAAUGGGAGAAAUAAGUAAAAGGAAACCACUUAAUAAACAUGGCUUCGUUUUGAAUUUCUGGA